AUGGCGACCACGACGGAGAUAAGGAUGAGCACAGCCAUGGAGACUGUGGUGGCUCCAAUGGACCGUACACGGUGGGGCUGCAUGUGGUGGCCAUCUUCGUCGUGCUUUUGUCGUCGUUUCUGGGGACGGUUAUCCCACUUGCCGGGAAGCAUGUGCCGUGUCUGCGGGAUGAACCCAUUCUUGUUUGUUCUCGGCAAGUGUGCGGCGACUGGCGUGGUGCUGGCCGUGUCAACGAUCCACAUGAUCCACCCCGCUGCUGAGUUGCUUGAGGAAGACUGCGUUCCGGACUCGUGGAAGGAGUCAUACGACGCGUACGCGUUUCUUUUUGCGAUGAUUGCAGCCAUAUUGAUGCACGCGCUUGAGACGCAGUUGGUGGCGAUGUUUGCGAGCGACGAGUCUCCGUCCUCUCCUUCCGGGGGGAACGGGGAAAAGGGGGACGCGAACGGGGAUGAGGAGCGUGCUGACGGUGCACCCAGCGGUGAUAUCUACCAGCACCAUCACAGCCACGUGCUCGCUUCCGUGGAAGGCGGGAGGGCACAUCGGCUUCUCUCAGCCCUGUUCAUGGAAUUCGGUGUGACGCUGCACAGUGUGUUCAUUGGACUGACGGUUGGCAUCACGAGCGACGCGGAGACGAAGGCGCUCCUUGUGGCGCUGGUAUUUCAUCAGAUGUUCGAGGGUCUUGCGCUGGGCUCGCGGCUGGCGGACGCGUCCAUGCGCAUUUCACUGGAGUUGCUGCUUGCGCUGAUCUUCUCCAUCUCUGCCCCAUUGGGCACCGCGGUCGGUGUGGGAGCUGUCGUGGGGUCGAAGAUAUCGCUAACUGGAGUGACGUUCAUCAUCAUGCAGGCGAUCUUUGAUGCUGUGUGUGGCGGCAUCCUGCUGUACCUUGCCUUUGUUCUCAUGCUGAACGACUUUCCAACGGACCUGCGGAAGCACGCGGGUGUGGGUGCGGCGCAUCGUGGCUGGAAGCGCCUUGCGAUGUUUGUGGCACUGUGGGCAGGCGCCGGGAUUAUGGCGGGGAUCGGGAAGUGGCUGUGA